AAACUCUCUCCUCUCCUUUUCCUUCUGUUUCUUUCCCUUUCCCUCCUUUAUUUUCUUCUUCCCCAAGCCUAUAUUCCUCCAGAUUCCCAAUUCCUCCCUGUUUCUCUCUCGCUUUCCCCCUAUAGAAUCUUUUCCGUCCUCUCUGUCCAAUGGCGGAAACCUCUGCCCUCUGCUUCUCACACCUCCCUUCAUUCCCUUCCAUUUCUCGCUCCAGAGAUUCUAAUUCCUUCCUCUCUACUUCUCCUCUCUCUUUUCUCUGUACUCGUUCUAACUUCUCUAAUUCCCUUCCUCGCCCUUCUCGCUCCUUUCAUUUUACCUCCAAAGCUUCUGAUUCCGAUAAUUUUAUCGGCGACGAUUCUCUCGGGUCCUUCCCCUGGUCUGAUGGUGUUAAUGCUAUUGAAUGGAUUCAGGAGGAGAAAGUCACGCUGUUCACUGCUGAUGGGCUCGUUCAAAUUGGAGGCUCUGUGGUUCCUCGGCUAGUCAGUUCUUCAGAUAAGAAGCAAGGUAAGUCAAAAACUUCUCAGAGAUUUCAACGAUUUCAAGAGAGUGAUUACAUGGACCCAAAACAGGGCUUGUGUUUGGGAGCACUAUUCGAUAUUGCAGCAACAAAUGGACUUGAUAUGGGCAGAAGACUCUGUAUCUUUGGGUUUUGUCGUUCAAUUGAGAUGCUAAGUGAUGUUGUGGAAGACACUGUUUUGGAGCAUGGUGGGGAGGUUGUUACUGCGGAGAAAGCAAUCAAAGGUGGUUUGCAUGAAAAGCUAACAAUGACAGUGGCAGUACCAUAUCUUUGGGGGGUUCCUCCUGCUUCAGAAACACUUCGCCUUGCAGUCCGGAGUGGUGGAGGGAUUGUGGAGAAAGUUUAUUGGCAAUGGGAUUUUUUGUAAAUGAAUUGUCAAAUCCUCCUAACCAACAUUUGUGCAUUAUGUAAAUAUAAUUAUUCUGUUGCCAUGUACAAAAUUGAAGAUGUAUCAUUCCGACAACUUGGUGUAUCUAAUCUAUUAUUUCCA